CCCAGCGCGCGGCUGCGCGGCCGGCACGCGGCGCUCGCGCUCCGGGCUUAAAUGAGCCGGGGCUCCCCGCGCCGCCACUCCAGCGGGGUCCACGCCGGGGCCGUCCCUCGCGUCUGCGCUCCUCGGCCGCGGGGCGGUCGAUGGGACCGAGCGCCGCGGAGCGGGAGGCGGUGCCCGUCGGGGGGCUAAGACCUCGCGGGAGCCCGCCGCGGGGCUGGGGCAUGGGGAGCCGCAGGACCUGAGCCCUGCCCCGCGUGCGGGCGGGCAGCCUGGGGGCCGGCGAUGGGGACGCAGCGGGACUGCCGCCGCGCCAGGCCCUGAGAGCUGCACCGAGCCUCCGUCGCCUCUGUCUCCGCCUGGCCGCCGCCUCGGCCCUUCGCGAAGCUCUGGGCCGCUGGGAACAUGGCCCUGGAGCAGCUCUGCUCGGUCCUCAAAGUGUUGUUAAUAACAAUACUUGUAGUGGAAGGGAUUGCUGUGGCCCAAAAGACCCAAGAUGGACAAAAUAUUGGAAUCAAGCACAUUCCUGCAACCCAGUGUGGAAUUUGGGUUCGAACCAGUAAUGGAGGUCAUUUUGCAUCACCAAAUUAUCCUGACUCAUACCCACCAAAUAAGGAGUGUAUCUACAUUUUGGAAGCUGCUCCACGUCAAAGAAUAGAGUUGACCUUUGAUGAUCAUUAUUAUAUAGAACCAUCAUUUGAAUGUCGGUUUGAUCACUUGGAAGUUCGAGAUGGGCCAUUUGGCUUCUCUCCACUUAUAAACCGUUACUGUGGUGUGAAGAACCCUCCAUUAAUUAGAUCAACAGGGAGAUUCAUGUGGAUUAAGUUUAGUUCUGAUGAAGAACUUGAAGGACUGGGGUUUCGAGCAAAAUAUUCUUUUAUUCCAGAUCCAGAUUUUACCUACUUAGGAGGUAUUUUAAAUCCCAUCCCAGAUUGCCAGUUUGAGCUCUCAGGAGCUGAUGGAAUAGUGCGUUCUAGUCAGGUAGAACAAGAAGAAAAAACAAAACCUGGCCAAGCAGUUGACUGCAUAUGGACGGUGAAAGCUACUCCAAAAGCUAAGAUUUAUUUGAGGUUCCUAGAUUAUCAGAUGGAACACUCCAAUGAAUGCAAGAGAAACUUUGUUGCGGUCUAUGAUGGAAGCAGUUCUAUUGAAAAUCUGAAGGCCAAGUUUUGCAGCACCGUGGCCAACGAUGUAAUGCUGAAAACAGGAAUUGGGGUGAUACGAAUGUGGGCAGAUGAAGGUAGUCGGCUCAGCAGGUUUAGAAUGCUGUUUACUUCCUUUGUGGAACCUCCCUGCACAGGCAGCACUUUCUUUUGCCAUAGCAACAUGUGCAUAAAUAAUUCUUUAGUCUGUAAUGGUGUCCAAAACUGCGCAUAUCCUUGGGAUGAAAAUCACUGUAAAGAAAAGAAAAAAACAGGACUAUUUGAACAAAUCACUAAAACUCAUGGAACAAUUAUUGGCAUUACAUCAGGGAUUGUCUUGGUCCUUCUCAUUAUUUCUAUUUUAGUACAAGUGAAACAGCCUCGAAAGAAGGUCAUGGCUUGCAAAACUGCUUUUAAUAAAACCGGAUUUCAAGAAGUGUUUGAUCCUCCUCAUUAUGAACUGUUUUCACUAAGGGACAAAGAGAUUUCUGCAGACCUGGCUGACUUGUCAGAAGAACUGGACAGCUACCAGAAGGCACGCCGCUCCUCCACGGCCUCCCGCUGCAUCCAUGACCACCACUGUGGGUCGCAGGCGCCCAGUGUCAAACAAAGCAGGACCAACCUCAGUUCCAUGGAACUUCCUUUCCGAAAUGAUUUUGCACAACCACAGCCAAUGAAAACAUUUAAUAGCACCUUCAAAAAGAGUAGCUACACUUUCAAACAGUCACAUGAGUGCUCUGAACAGGCCCUAGAAGACAGAGUAAUGGAGGAGAUUCCCUGUGAAAUUUAUGUCAGGGGACGAGAAGAUUCUGCACAAGCAUCCAUAUCCAUUGAUUUUUAAUCUAGUAAAGGUGAUAUUAAUGAUUAAGUAUGUAUGUAUGCCGUCUACAGAGCACCCAUACUGUUUUCAGCAGCCAUCCCUUUUCCCCUAUCAAAUCAAGGCAGAUCUUCAUUUCCCGUUAACUAUUGUAAUGGUGAAGUUUUUAUUAUCUCAGGCAGUCUAUAUAUGUUAAAACAACCGAGGAACUUUCUCCAUUCAGUGAAAAAAAUAAUCAUCUAUUGCUUGGUGUCAUAUAAGCAAAACACCAGUUAAAUAGCAUUUGAAGAGGAGAGUGGUCAUGUUGAGCCAGGCUCAGGCUGCCUGCUAGUCUUUGCAGCAGGAACACAGCUCUUGAUUGAUUCAGCUCUGUCAAUUUUUUGAUCCCACAAAAAGUUUAAACCUAAGAUUUUUCUUUACAUUCCUUUGAUUUUUCUUUCCUCUUAUUUGUUUUAUAAGCCAGUACCUUUACCAUUUCAGUUUCUUACAUAAAUAUAAGUGGUUAACGUACCACACAUAUUUCAGUAUAGGCAUCUGUUUUAGAAUUUGUCAAAAUAAACUAGUUACUGUGGUAAGUGCCAAUU